AUGGGCUCUGGAGAUAAUGUCUUUACUGUUCUGGCAAAAAAUAUUGAUGUUCUUGCAAUGCCUGUGGUUUCUCUUGUAUAUCCUCUCUAUUGUUCCGUCAAGGCUAUAGAAACGAAAUCUCGAGCAGAUGAUCAACAGUGGCUAACAUAUUGGGUCCUUUAUUCUUUGAUCACCCUCUUCGAGCUUACAUUUUCCAAAGUUCUUGAAUGGUUUCCCAUAUGGUCUUAUGCUAAGUUGAUUGGUGUGUGCUGGUUGGUGCUGCCUUAUUUCAAUGGAGCUGCAUAUGUUUAUGAGCAUUUCAUAAGGCCUUUCUACAGAAACCCACAAGUUAAAAUGUGGUAUAUCCCUAGAAAAAAGGAUAUAUUCAGUAAGCAAGAUGAUAUUCUAACUGCUGCAGAAAAAUAUAUUGAAGAGAAUGGACCUGAGGCAUUUGAAAGGCUUAUAGCCAGGUCUGAUAGAGAAGCAAGAGCUAGGAGGGGCAACUACACAGUGUUUCAAGAUGGUUAUGGAUAUUAUUAA